AAAGACAAUCACUUGUGUCAAGAAUCGCGCGACUCAAAGGUGAAAAAGCGCAGUUAGAAAGACGUUUCAUGCACGUUGGUGGCAAUUAUGCAAGCACUGGCGCUGGUGAUACACUGAAAAAAAUGGUCUUGCAAGUACAGUAAAAAUUUUCUGGGUGCAAAAAAUUAACUGAGGUAGAUAAAUGAUUAGCCAAUCUGUGAUAUCGCAUAUGUCUUACACUUAAUCAAUCUAAAUGACAGAGACAGAAUUUAUAUCUGAACUGUUAGUGAAAUGUAGAAAGACAGUUUUUCUGUAGCGCCUAUCCAUGUUAAGCACAAUCAAACCUGUUAGAAAGUUCGACUAUGGUACACAGAAAAGAUUAGCUGCAAGCGAGACAAAUGAAUAUAUGAUCCUCAUACAAACAGUUCGUGUAACGCGCCCACUCCGUCUAGUUCUUUUUAAGAAUCUUUCGCGCUCAACUGUUUCACGUGCAUGAUGCAAGACUGUGCCGGAUCUUGCAAGAGUGUUCGCGCGCAGUGAGCAGUGUUGGUGUUCGGCUGGCAGUGCAUUGCAGUAAAUAUCGGAAUACAGCCUGCAUUCGAGGGAGAACUCGACGGCCGGGUAGCGGAGACGAUGACGACGACGACGGUGGACAACGGCGAGCCGUUAUAAUCAUGUCACAUGAGAUUAUUGAACUGACGAUUCAGGACUUACUAAAAGAUUGGAAUCUCGAUCAAUACGUAUCGGCGUUUGAAAGUAAUUGUAUAGACGUUGGUGAACUUCAACUUCUAUUACAACCUGAAUGGAAGGAUAUAUUAAAUGAUCUCAUUCCAGUCCCUGGCCAUAGAAUGAGAUUUGUCAAAAAUUUAAAAGAAUUGAUGAAGGAGAGCAAAUUUGUAUCAAUAGAGAAUGAUAAUAAUGAUCUUCAAAAAUUACAUAAUAAAGAUAUAAAUGAGAUUACUAUUUCUCUUUCACCUCAACCAGGUACUUCGAGAGAUCCUUCUAAUUUAUUAUCAGAAAAUAUUCAGAAAACGCCAAAAAAUAUUUCUUCAACACAGGAUACUUCAAAUUUAUCAUUAGAAGAUAGUCAGGAAACGUCAAAAAAUAUCUCUUCACAAAAGAGGAGUCGACAGAGUAAUGAACCGAAUGUGAAACGAGGUGAAGAACUUCGACUUCUUUUAAAUAAAACAGCUACGGGUAGAUGUAUAUUGCAACUGGCGAAGCAAGGUCCUUGUUUGAAGCAUGAUAAGGAUAGAAACAAAUUAACAGAAAUUAUUAUUGAAGAUGAAUUAAGCAAAUGUGAAAAGAUUUCAACUGCAGGCUUCGCUGAACUUGUAAGUGCCAUACAACAUAUAUUUCCUGAAGAAGAUAGUGAGCUUUAUUUCAUUCCAUACAAAUAUUCAAAUGGAAUGAAAUUUGUGGCCAAAGGUAAAUUAAUUACUAAGUACUAUUCUAUUCGGAAAGAUUUCAAAGCGCUUGGCAUUAUUACUCGAAACAAGGAUCAGUUAGACUCAGAUUCUUUAGAUGAUUCAGAAGAUGAUGAUGUACAAGGAAAGCUAAACUUUCUUGAAGAGAACAUAGAGCCUUGGUCAACAGUAGUACAGUAUUGGAUGGAUACUUCUAAACAAAGAAUUGCAAAAUUACAUGCCCAAUCUCGAGUUACAAACAGAAAUAAAGACAAAGACAAUAACAAGAGAAAUGUUAAAAGCAAGCAAAAAAGCACAGCAAUUCCAGAAACCACACAAAUUUCAACUUAUACAAACAAAUUCCCCGCUCUCAAGGAAAACCUUGGAUACACUUUGUUUGAAAUAGAUUUUGAUUUGCUGUAUCCUGAACAAAAACUUAAGGCUUACAACUCUUAUAAAGAUUUUUGUGAUCGUAUUAUACAAGCUCUCACAAACGAAGAAAGUAAAUGCGAGGCCCUAAAAGAUAAUUUGCUACUUGUAACAAGUGAUGAUAUUUCAGAAGAGACUAGAAAUUUAGUGGCACUAUUGUCACUUUGUUAUUUGGACACUGUUGUGACCGUUGCCCGUCAAUCUGGUCGUACGUGGAGGCCACCUCAUACAGAAAUUCAGGAAGGAGUAAUUUCACUAAUUGAGAGUGUUGGAAAACUUCAAACAUUUAUGCAGGAAAGAAAGAAAAAACUAAUUAAUUGGGGCAUUACUAUACAGCCAUAUGUUCUUGUUUGUGGAUCAUCUGUGAAUGAUAUAGAUGCCUGUUAUGUAAUUCUUGAUACAGAGACACAAUUUCUCGUUCAAUCCCCAGUAAGAGCUUUGGAUCUGUGUUUCAAGAUUAUUAACGCAGCUCACCUAGAGUAUUCUCCUGAGAGUUAUCGUUUGUGGAGACUUAUUCAAAAAGAACUGUAUGAGUUAACAACUGAAUUUGAUGAAUUGAAGUCUGAUGCUCAACUUCCAAAAUUAUUUAAAAAGUUUUCUCGUAAGUAGAAUACGAGACUUUUUGUGAUUAUACAGCUUUUGAAUGUUCUGGUUUUUCUCUAUAAAACAUGCAAGCAUAUUUUCCAAUUUUUGUACGCAAAUUUUAAGAAUACUGCGAUUUUAUCUAUUUCAUCUAUUUAAUAUUUAGAAUUAAUAUUUACAGUACUUAGAGAUAUUGUUAUUUGCGGGUUUUACAGCGAUUGAAUUUUUUACUUUAUAUAUAUGUUGCUGUAAUAUGCCAAAUUCAAAGAUUUUUAUUUUUUAUUUUUCUUGAUUACUUGAAUGCCAUUUAACAAAAUGCCGUUCUGUUUUAUAUGUGCAAUUAAGUUACACGAGAUAAAUCAUUUACAUAGACACCUAAGACUUAUUCAUAAGCUCGAUGAUAACCGUUCUGUUUUCAAAUGCAUUGAAGUUGGGUGUCACCAACGAUGCUCUAACUGGUGUAGCUUUAGACGUCAUUUGAAAAAGUUUCAUGCCCCUACUGAUAAUACUUCAGAUUCUAAUGUAUUGCCUAGUGAUAACAAGACGACUAAUAAUGAGUGCAGAAAUGAUAGUUUCUCUUCAUUUAUUGAUGAUUGUGUUGAACCAUCUAUUGAUGGUUCAACACAAGAAACUUCUUCCCAUGACAAAUGUCUACUUAAUGAAACUUUUUUGAAAGAUCAAAUCACGACUUAUGCUUCCAUGCAAAUAGCACAACUGUACAGUAAACCUGGUCGCCCUCGUAAAAUAAUUCAAGAAUAUGUAGGAAACAUUACUGAUUUUUUGUCCACUACUCUCUCAUUCCUAUCUGCUGAUAUUUCAGCUAUAUGUCUAAGUCGAAAUGUUGAUUCUAAUAUUAUUGAUGACAUUUGUUGUCAACUCAAUGUAUUAAAAAGUCCAUUUGAGGACUUAAAAUCAGAAUACUUAAGAUUACAAUAUAUGAAAAAAUUAGGGUUUUAUAUUCCACCUGAAGACUAUAACAUUGCUCCUGAUAUGUUUACAAAAAUAAUUGAUGGAAAAGUACUUGUUGACAUUGGUAAUGUUAAAGGACAAUAUGUACCUUUAAGGAAAAUUCUGAAAGUUUUUCUAGAAUUACCGAAUGUGUUAAAUGUUAUUAAAAAUGUUUUAAGUGAAACUUCAUGUGAGGAUCUUUUUGCUGACUAUAUCCAUGGAUCUCAUUGGCAAAAUAAAAAAAUUUUCUUUGGUGAGAAACUUGUAAUUCCUCUUUUUGUAUUUUAUGAUGACUUUGAAGUUGAUAAAGAAAUUGGAAAUCACAGUGCUAAACUUGGUGCUGUCUAUGUGAAAAUAGCAUGCCUUCCCUCAGAAUUUCAAGGUUCUUUAGAUAAUAUUUUCUUAGCUUUGCUUUUUAACACAUGUGAUCGUAUUAAUUAUGGAAAUAAACGAACAUUCGGGAUUUUUAUUAAAGAGUUAAACUUUUUGUUCAAUAAUGGUAUCGAAAUUAUUAUAAAUAGUGUUGUUCACACAGUCUAUUUUGUUAUGACUCUUCUAGUGGCUGAUAAUUUAGCUCUCCAUUCAAUGCUUGGUUUUGCUGAAGGGUUUACUGCAAAUUUUCCAUGUCGUAUAUGCCAUGCUCAUAGAUCUUUAAUUCAUAUUCAAACAGAGGAAGAUUCAAGUUUACUCAGGAAUAAAUUACAGCACGAUAUAGAUUGCAAAAUUGGUAACGUAUCUUUAACUGGAGUCAGUGGAGAGUUUGUCCUAAACGAGGUAGAGACUUUUGAAGUAACUGACAAUCCAAGUGUUGACAUUAUGCAUGACAUUUUUGAGGGUACUUGUAUUUACGAUAUGGGUCACAUUCUCUAUCAAUUAAUUUUUGUAAAGAAAUAUUUUACUGUUGAAACACUUAACUUCCGACUCAUUACAUUUAAUUAUGAUAAAACUAUCACUAAUAAGCCUACUGAGUUUAAAGAAAAGGCUCUUCGCACUAAAUCAGUGAAAAUGACUGCCAGUGAGAUGCGCACUUUUGUUCGUAUCUUUGUUUUACUUGUAGGUGACCUUGUUCCUGAUAACGAUCCCAUAUGGAAGUUUUACUUAAUUCUCCUUGAUAUUAUUGAAAUUGUUUUGUGUAGACAAAUGCAGAAAGAGAUGAUUAAGAUAUUGAAGGAGAGAAUUAGUGAACAUCAUCGUUUGUAUGUUAUUCUUUUCCAAGAUACAUUGAAACCUAAACACCUUCAUAUGGUUCAUUAUCCAUCAAUUUUGUCUCGGUCUGGUGCUCUUGUUAAUUUAGCAUGUGAUCGGUUUGAAGCCAAUCAUCAGCCAGCUGUGCAAGACGCUAAAGCUACUCGUUCUAGGAAAAAUAUUGCUUUCACUUUAGCUUUAAAACAGCAACUUCGGUGUGCUUACCGAUUCAUGACUCGAAAGGGACUUCAUACUUUAUUAGAAGUAGGACCUGAAGAAAAGCCAGAUUAUUAUAAUUCGUUAUUACUUCCAAUAAGUUUUUCUAAUGGCUUUAUGCAACAUGCUUUUGUCAUCUUUAAAGGAACUUUAUAUAAAAAGGGAAUGUGCGUUGCAAUUGGAGUGGAUGAUGAUAAUGGGCCUGAAUUUGGUAUUAUUUCCUCCGUAUUAGUAAAUCAUAAUGGCACUGUCUGCCUCAUGUGCAAUGUCCUUUCAUGUACAAUGUACAGUGAACAUUUUCAUGCUUAUAAUGUUACUAAAACUGCGAAAAUAAUAUCAAUUCUAGUUACUGAUCUUUUAGAUUAUUUGCCUUUGUUGUUUUGUAAAAGCAAUGAUGGAAAGCAAUAUGUUACAUUGCAUCAUUUACUUUAACAACUAUAAAGAAUAUGUAAUAAAGCAUUAUAUUUUUAGUUAUUAGGUAUAGUUGUAAUAUAAUUAUAGUUGUAACAAGAUAAAUAAACUGUAUUCUUUUUAA